CAGCACAAAAGCUACACAAUGUGCCCAAUCAACGUUGUCACAGAUGUCAACACCAGCUCCAAUUUCCACGACUUUUCAACAAAGCAUACGACCCUUGACUUGGCGAUUGACUUUGGUCGCAAGAUCUUGUUUGGACAAACCGCUAUCACUGGCCAAGCAAAAGUUCAAGGUCUUACCGAAAUUGUUCUAGACACAAGUCAUGUUGUCAUCAAAGGAGUAUGCCAUUCAGGGGAAAAGGCACCGUGGACAUUGAAACCCAACGAUGGAGAGAAUGGCAGUCCAUUGUGUAUCGAACUUGGGAGGUCUUACAAUGAAGGGGAAACCAUUGAGCUCACAGUGGACUUCCAGACGACAGAGAACACUACUGGCCUUCAGUGGUUCAGCCCCUCACAGACGGACGAUAAAAAGUAUCCCUUCAUGUUCUCUCAGUGCGAACCGGUUCAUGCCCGCUCCAUUUUCCCGUGCCAGGACACACCAUCCAUCAAAAGCACUUUCGAUAUCACGAUCCAUUCAAUACUUCCUGUCGUAGCGAGUGGUGUUCCUGAGGCCGAGCUAGUCUUCCAAUCCAUCGCAGACACGACCGAACAGAAGACAUACAAGUUUAAGAUGGAGAUUCCAAUCUCGAACUACCUUUUCGCCGUAGCAAGCGGAAAUUUGGCUGGAGAGAAAAUUGGCCCGAAAAGCUAUGUUUACUGCGCCCCUGGUGACUUGGGAGCCUGCAAAGAAGAGUUUAAGCCAGAUUUGCAAGCCAUUAUCAAAUCUGCAGAGAAUCUCAUCUUCGAAUACCCAUGGCCGCUUUACAAUCUUGUCGUAUUACCAAAGUCCUUCCACCUUGGCGGCAUGGAAAACCCCAUUUUCAACUUUUACAGCGCCACAGUUGUCUCGGGAGACCGAGAGAACAUCUCUGUGGUCGCCCACGAGUUCGCGCAUAGCUACAGUGGCAAUCUCGUCACCAAUGCGUCCUGGGAGCACUUCUGGCUGAAUGAAGGGUGGACUGUCUGGACCGAAAGGAAUAUCGUGCGCGAACUCAGAGGAGACGAUGAGGUCGAGCUCCAAGCCAUUGUCGGCUGGCAAGACCUCAUUCAAUCCAUCGAAACGUACGGUGGUAACGACAGCGUCUUCACUAGCCUGGUACUUGAGUUCGAAGGUAAGAGGCCGGAUGAUAUUAUGUCCAAGAUCUCGUACGAAAAGGGCUACACCUUCCUGUGCUAUCUGGAGAAGACCGUUGGGCGAGAGAAGUGGCUCAAGUUUGUCCCACACUAUUUCCGGACAUUCUACGGCGCUGCCGUUGACUCAACUCAAUUCAAAGAUUGCGUUGUUGACUUCUUCUCGCCUGAUGCUGCUGCUACCUUGGCACUGAGUCGCGUUGACUGGCAAUCGUGGCUUCAUAAGCCGGGCGUACCUCCCAAGCCAGAUUUCAGCUCUGGGCUAUACAAGGAGGCUCUUAACCUAGCGGAUCGUUGGAACAGCCUCUCGACUGGUUCUCUCUUCAAGCCAUCUUCCGAUGAUGUCAAGGGCUGGACUGUAGGGCAAGUGUUGGUCUUCCUCGAUUUGCUCAUCGAAAACUCGGAACCAGUCUCGACAAGAUACUGUAAGCUUCUUGACGAUCUCUAUGAUGUGGGAAAGUCUGGUAAUCUCGAAGUUGUCACUCGAUACCUUCACGUCGCGCUUCGAGCCGGCGAUCGUGGCGUUUUGAAGCAGACUGAGGAAGUGCUGGGGCAGACAGGAAGAAUGAAGUUUGUGAGGCCGUUGUUUAAGCAAUUAUUGUCGGUUGACGAAGGGCUGGCGUUGGAGCUGUUCGAAAAAUAUCAAGACUUUUAUCAUCCUACUUGUCUAAGGCUGAUUAAAAAUCUGCUCGACGAACAAAAUCCCAAGGGCAACUAGUUACUAUCUUCAUUGCCCUUAAUUCUUGACCUUCACUGAAUUCAAGGCUUUGGGACUGGAGGCGUCAGCCCGCUACGGCGCUCCAUCCACAGUACAUAGAUCUACUUACGUAGACUUGCAAC